AGGUGGGGGAGAGAUAGGAGGGGAGAGGGGCUCUGAAAUCCAGGCUGCAAGCAGGAAGAAGGAAGCACUGGCUGCUGAGAUCUUGCUCCACAAAGAUCAAGAACUUGUCUCUCUCGCUCUCUCUCCCUCUCAAGCACCCAGCAGAGGGCCAGGCAGCAUGCAGGAGGGGAGUGGGGAGGUGAUGAAGGAAGGGGUGUUACACAAGAGGAGCGAGGGUCUGCUGCAACUGUGGAAGAAGAAACAUUGUGUCCUGACCGAUGAAGGUCUCUUUCUGCUGCGUCCCAGGAAAUACCUGGAGCUGUCCCAACACCAGACAGAAGCCAGCGGCAACGGGGCCAAGCAGCUCCGCUUCGACGACAUGAAGACGGUGGACAGCGUGGAGAGGAAGGGGAAGUAUGUGUAUUUCACGGUGGUGAUGACGGACAGGAGGGAGCUGGACUUUAGGUGCCCGCAGGACGCUGGCUGGAACGCCCUGAUCACCCUGGGCAUGGUGCAGUAUCAGAACCGGCGGGCCAUGGAAGCGGUGCAGAGCAGCCGGCAGAAGCUGGCACAACGGGGCAUCGGUGUGGGCAUCCACAACGCGGCGUGAAACUGCCCUGCAGUAACCCCUUGUAGAGGUUCGAGAAUGAGGGUACACACAGUGGAAUCUAGCACACAGGAAUGGAAAAUGGAAAUGCAAAAAACUCUGUCCAUUGCAGAUAUCAGAUUAGCUUAUUAGACGCUGGAAUGGUUUAAGCUGUAAACCCAGCAGACUGAAUCGCCAAGAAACAUUCAAUCAAUAUUCUCCAGGACGAAGCAUUUAAUGAAUUCCAUUACUGGGCAGCUUCACGUGGAUGUUUUAACAUUAUUUAUAAUAGACUGUGUUUCUUUACAAAUGCCGGACGGGCCAUUGAUACGCAAUAUGUAAUUAUAAAUUAUUGAAUUUUGUUUUUGAUUUUCACAAUUAUUGAUGUUUUAAUUAAUGCCUGAUGUUUUUUGAAUGUUUGGGUUUUGUCAAAAAGGAACCAGAAGACUGAAGCGUAAAGAGAGUGGUCGAGGUGAAAGUGAAUAGCCCCUUUAUUCUGUAACAGUACGUAGAACAGAAUGGGUCUAUAUUCUCUGGUUUAGAAGAAGGAGCUGUGAUCUCAUUGCCAGGGCAUGUAAGAAUUUUAUAUUAUUCAUAGCGGGUGCCAAAAAGCUCCUUUUCGCUGGUUGGUGAGUUUAGAAUUAGGGUUCACGGUCUCAAGAUAAAUGAGAUUGUGUGAAAAUCCCUUCGCUCAGUGGAAUGGGAUUUGUUUGAGUAUUUAUUGCCCUGGGGUGGGGUGGCUCAGGGGGCCGUCUGAGCGGGCACUUAAUGGAGAUGCAGAACUAUAGUAAACUCUGGAUGAUCAGCUAUUUAUUCCAAGGAUGGUGAACAGUAGAUACCAACAAAAUCAGGAGAACCAGGGCAUUAUUUUUUGCUUAGUUUAGCGAUAUAGCACGGAAACCGGCCCUUCGGCCCACCGAGUCUGUGCUGACCAAUGAUCACCCCGUACGCUAGCACUAUCCUAUACACUAGGGACAAUUUACGAUCUUCAUCGAAACCAAUUAACCUACAAACCUGCACGUCUUUGGAGUGUGGGAGAAAACCGGUGAACCCGGGGAAAACCACGCGAUCACAGGGAGAGCGUACAAACUCCGUACAUUCACCACCAGGAUCGAACCCGGGUCUCUGGCGCUGUAAGGCAGCAGCUCUACCGCUGCGCCACCCUGCCACUUGUGUUGAUACCAUCUGCUUCCAUCUGCAUCAGGAGUAAACAAUUGUUAUUUGAUUAUGUUUGACUUGCAUCAUGAGAAAUAUGUUUUGUCCACCCUUCAAGGAAUUAUCAGCCAUAAACCUGCCUUUCGUUUUAUACUACGGAGUUUCUGGUUUCUGAAAUGCAGUUAAAUUAUUAUUGCAUAAAUACUGUAAUAUCAUGAGCAAGGAUAUUGUCUAACAGGUAACUGUAACAUUAUGAAAGAGUGACCCUUUUUUUUUCAUAGCCAGGGCACACCACUGCAUGUCACCCACAGAUUUUUAGGCCAAUUGAUGCCUAUUUUACACUAUUCUGAGUGGGUAGCAUUUGUAAAUGUGCAAUUCCUAAUGCUCUAAUUUAGUACAAGUCUAACCAUCAAGAUAGUGCAGAUACAACUCACUCGAGACAGCAUUCAGUUAAUCAUUGCAAUGUAUGCAGUUUGUGGUUGCAUGUUAUAUAUUUUUCCCCCAAAUCUCUUAAGCAUUAUUAUAUAAAAUUGGAAUGCUUAAAAA